AGUGAACUUGAACGCCACAUGACUAGCAGCAGGGCGUGUUUGGGUCGAUCUUUGGAGCGGGAUCUGGACUGCACUCCUCGAGCGUUAAUAACACGGGACACGGACCAAUGAGAAAAAAAAGAUUUAUAAGAACAUGUGAAAUGCAAAAAUGUGAUAGUGACUUGCUGCUCCGCUGGGUAGGAGAGAGACUGCUGCACAGAUAACAGACUUCAUGACGGCUGUCCCGGCUAUCCUCGUCCAGCCCACAUGCCACGUCCAGCCCGGAGACCUGGGAGAGGCGUCCAGUUGCAGUCGACCUGUAACCUUUGUCCAGAGAGCCACAAAACUCAGGUCUGGCUUUGUUUCUUAGCUCUGAGCUUCCUGAGUACAUCUACGUGUGCCGCCCCUUGGCCGGGUGCAAUACAUUUACAGACAUGCUUGAACUUCAAAAGACUGAAAGAAGCCAUUGAGAAAUCUGAUGCGAUGCUGUACUCUCCGUCAACUAAGGACGUUGAAGAGAACUGUAAAAAGAUGUUGCUCAAAUGUUACAUAUUGGAGUUGAUGAUGGUCAUAAAUGAAGAAGAAAUUAAAGAUUUUAAAGCAGAUUGCAUCUUUGAUUCCUAUGACGCACUGCCUGAAGCUAACGCUGUUGGCUGUCCAUCAUGUGAAGCACACUCACUUAAAGAUAUUACAGAAUUCCUGGAAGGACUAAAUACCUAUUUGCAAGAAAUGAAUAGUCGUAGUAUGAUGUAAAUACUGUAAGCUACAAAUGUGUAUUUGUAAAGAAUUGUGUUUGUUUGUUGUAAAUAUCCCGCUGUAACUAUCUCAACCUGUGACAAAGCAUGCCGUCCUGUAUUCGAUGAUAUAAGUCUAAAUGUAUAUAUAUAUAUAUAUAUAUAUAUAUA